AUGGAGAUAGAGAAGAGGACGAAUGGGUUCGACUACCCGGAGAGAAAUAACGCCAAGUCCGUUAACGGCUUUUACAGUGACCAUCCGCUGGAGUCUGAGCAGAACGACAGCAUGGAUGCAAUCAAUGAAAGUAAUCUAGAUGAUCCAGCUGACCAGCGUACUUGUCUUAUCUGUGGAGAUCGCGCCACAGGCCUGCACUAUGGCAUCAUCUCCUGUGAGGGCUGCAAGGGCUUCUUCAAGCGCAGCAUCUGCAACAAGCGCGUGUACCGAUGCAGCCGCGACAAGAACUGCGAGAUGUCGCGCAAGCAGCGCAACCGCUGCCAGUACUGCCGCCUGCUCAAGUGUCUGCAGAUGGGGAUGAACCGCAAAGCAAUCAGGGAGGAUGGCAUGCCAGGAGGGAGGAACAAAAGCAUCGGGCCCGUUCAGAUCACAGAGGAAGAGAUAGAGCGGAUCAUGACGGGGCAGGAGUUCAAGGAGGACGCCCCGGAGCACACCUGGGGCAACAACGGUGACAGCGACCACAGCUCUCCCAGCAACGGAGCCUCGGAGGGCAACCAGCCGUCACCUGCCUCCACUCUGUCAUCCAAUCGCUCAGUGGAAAUGAAUGGCUACACGGCGGCCCUCAGGGACCAGUACAUCAACACCUCCAUGUCCACACACUACCAGCUCCUGCCUCACCUGUUCAGCUAUGCCGCCCAGUCUGGCCUGCUGGCCCCCCAGCCCCGCAGCCUCUACCCACAGUCCCACCCACUGGUGCUGCAGCUGGUGGCAGCUGAAGACCUGGCCCCCCUGGCCACACCUAUGCUCAUAGAAGACGGGUACAAAGUGACUCAGGUGGAGCUGUUUGCUCUGCUGUGCCGCCUGGCAGACGAGCUUCUCUUCCGCCAGAUCUCCUGGAUCAAGAAGCUGCCGUUCUUCUGCGAGCUCUCCAUAGAGGACUACACCUGCCUGCUCAGCUCCACCUGGCAGGAGCUCAUCCUGCUCUCCUGCUUGACCAUCUACAGCGCCCAGAUCUUCGGAGACCUGGCCGACGUCACCGCCAAGUACACGCCGUCUGACGACGAGCUGCAGGGCUUCAGCGAGGACGGGAUGGAAGUCAUGGAGAGGUUGAUAUACCUGUUUCGCAAGUUCCACCAACUGAAGAUCAGUAAUGAGGAGUAUGCCUGUAUGAAAGCCAUCAACUUCCUCAACCAAGAUAUUACAGGACUGUCCAACACCUCCCAGCUUGAGCAGCUGAACAAGCGCUACUGGUAUGUGUGUCAGGACUACACUGAGUAUAAGUACCCGCACCAGCCCAAACGCUUCCCUGAGAUCAUGAUGUGUCUGCCAGAGAUCCGCUGCAUCGCAGGGAAGCUAGUGAAUGUCCCUCUGGAGCAGCUCCCCCUCUUGUUCAAAGCAGUCUUGCACUCCUGCAAAUCCAGCCUGACCAGCUACAGGACCGGCCCGUUGCCCUGCGUGACCACCUCUGCCGGAAACUAA